AUGAAAAUUGAGAUGGACAAAAGCAAGCUAGACAAUUCAAAUUCCAAAAAUAUGGCGGGGAAACAACUGCCAGAGGUUGUUCAUGCUGGAUUUGCAGGUAAGGGAAACUGUUGGCCAUUUUCUCAAUACCAACAAGAGGAUGGAUGCUUGGAUGUGGGUGUGGGACCUCCUCAUCUGCAGCAUGACACUGGGAAUGGUUGUGGAGACAAAUUUGGGUCAUACAGAGAUGGUUCUGAUCAUGAUAAUGUCAGAGAGUUCCGCGUGUCUGCCAAGGAUGACUCAGUAUUUCAAUCUUACAACAGUGGGCUGGCUACUCAACGUUCUUCUUGGCUUGGCUUGGGUUUUGAACCACAAAAUUGA